AUGAUACAACCACCUCUACCUGCUGAUCAAAAUGUUUGUCAGUCCAAGCAGGCUACACUCCCACGUGCUAAGAAAAUGAAAAGUCCAAUCAAAGACUUAAUUAAAGCUAAAGAGAGAGAGGUGGGGACAAAAAAUGAGAAAAGAAAUAGUAAGCUGAGAAAGGACAAACCAGAACGGACUAUUGAGCCCUUUCCACUACCAGCUGUUGGUUUGGAAAGAGCAGGUGAUACAAAGGCAAGUAAAGACAUCGAGAAUCAAAUUCAGCUCUCCCUCAAAAUGUUAAAAAAUCCUGAACCAAUGAUUACUCUCAAGGAAGCAGCCAAGGCUCAGUUUUAUGCAUCAAAGAACCCUACUCCUAAAAGAGAACUUGCCAGAGAUUUGCCUCAGUCAGGGGGAAGUAGAAGUAAUCCUUCAAAAACGGAAGCAUCUUUACCUUUCGGCCCAAUAGAACCUUCUUUGUCAAAUCAAGAUGGAAAAUAUUCUUCAGCCUUACUUAAUGAUGUACAAACUACUUCUGCUAAGUUGAACUUGGACAAAAUUGAUCCCUCAAGACAGAAGCUUCUAGUAAAAUUACUAGAUAUGCCUAUUGGUGAUUAUCAGGGUUCUCCCAUGAAUCUCAGUUACGGAGAUAAAAGAGUAAGAAUGUCACGUUUAAGUGCUGAGAGAGAUUCCAAGGCCAGGGACCACCUCUCAGAAGUUUAUACUGAUGUCAGAGACUAUGUGAACGAGGAAAAGAACGUGGAAUCGCAAAUUUUAGGUUUUCAAGUUAGCCCCUUAGGUAAGAUCCAAGUCAAGGAGAACCCAGGAAAAGCACUUAACCUUGGAGCAGAAGCACGUGGGAGCAAAGGACAUGCCAAGGAAAGUUUAUCUGUGACAGAAAUGCAGGAGUGCCCUUCCAGGAGCAAUGACCGUAAGAACUUCAGUGUGGAUGAGCCAGCCACAGAGAAGAAAUCUCGAGAUGAAGGUCUCAAUGUAAACUUCACGCCAAGGGAGACGACUUGCAAUGAGUUUCUUUCUGUAUCACAGACACGUAAUCAGAGUCUUGCCUCUCUGGCUAUAAAAUUUCUACAAGAAGAGAAAGCAGAAGCCCACAAUCCUAAUCAGGUCCCUAAUGUAAUGGCGUUGAUGGAGAGUGAGGGACAAGCUUCUCUGGAGCCCAGGUCUGGCUGUGGGCCCCAAGCCUCUCACCCUGAGUGCCAGUGGUCCUUACAUUCAACCCAGCAUUAUAUUUCUAGUGUCUUCCCUGGUCUGAUGCAUGUUACUGACAGGAAGACCCUUUCUAGCUCCCUGGGGCUGGAGUGGUUUCCAGAGCUCUAUCCUGGUUAUCUUGGACUAGGGGUGUUGCCAGGGAAGCCUCAGUAUUGGAAUUCAAUGCCCCAGACGCCUCAGCUCAUCAGUCCCCAGGGGGAAAGACUAUCACAAGUUCCUUUGUUGGAAAGAAGUUCGACUGCUCUGUGGAGUUGGGAUCCCCCGACCAAGCUUACAACCUCCAACGUCGCUCUAAUGAGGCUCUUGGGAGCUGUACAGAAAGGCUGGAUCAAGUGCAGCACCACCAUGAAGAGCGGAGUUGGUGGCGUCACCAUGCUCUUCACGGGAUACUUCCUUCUUUGUUGCAGCUGGAGUUUCAGGCAUCUGAAGCUGCUGCGCGCGUAA